AGAUCUUAUUACUUCUCCUUCUCCCUUUAACAUAAAGCACACAUGUCAUCUAUCUCAACCCUAAAGAAAAGAAAGUUGUAUAUCUCCAAUUGACUUCAUUUUAGUCCCAAAAGCUCACAGUAGGGCUGCACUUAUUACUGUCCAAGUCUAUGGCGGUUGUUUGAGGCGGUUGUCAACUACUCCUAUUUAUCUAUAUUAAUCAGUUUUUAGUAUUAACUCUACUUUCUCCCUUACUGCAUAGUCGGACACGCUUGGGGUUUUCUGAUUAGUGAUUGAAAGAUGUCGAAUUUGGGCGGUGGUGCAGAAGCACAUGCACGUUUCAAACAGUAUGAAUACAGAGCAAACUCGAGUCUUGUCCUAACUACUGAUUCUCGUCCCCGUGAUACUCAUGAACCGUCUGGUGAACCUGAGUCUCUUUAUGGAAAAAUAGAUCCCAAAUCAUUUGGUGAUCGAGCUUACAAGGGUAGACCUCCUGAGUUGGAUGAGAAACUUCAGAAAGCUAGAAAGAAGAAGGAGCGGGAACCACUUGUCUCUGAGCCCACUAGGCAAAGCAAGAAGAGACGACUUCAGGAAGAAAGUGUUCUUACUUCGAGCGAGGAAGGUGUUUACCAGCCUAAAACAAAGGAAACUAGGGCUGCUUAUGAGGCCAUGCUCAGCUUGAUUCAGCAGCAACUUGGUGGACAGCCCCUCAACAUUGUGAGUGGGGCAGCUGAUGAGAUGUUGGCAGUGUUAAAAAAUGACAACUUAAAGAACCCUGAGAAGAAAAAGGAAAUUGAAAAGCUGUUAAAUUCCAUCUCGAGCCAGAUGUUUGAUCAGUUGGUGUCUAUUGGGCGACUCAUUACUGACUAUCAAGAUGGCGGCGAUGCAUCGGCGUCAGCUGCAGCUGAUGGCGAUGAAGCUCUUGACGAUGAUGUCGGUGUAGCAGUUGAGUUUGAGGAGAAUGAAGAAGAAGAAGAAGAGAGUGACCUUGAUGUGGUACCUGAUGAUGAAGAGGAGGACGAUGAUGUGAUGGAAGCCAGUGGUUCUGGGGCUAUGCAGAUGGGCAGUGGCAUUGAUGAUGAUGAGAUGCGGGAGGCGGAUGAGGGAAUGGCCUUGAAUGUUCAGGACAUAGAUGCUUAUUGGCUUCAAAGAAAGAUCUCUCAAGCUUACGAGCAGCAGAUCGAUCCGCAACAAAGCCAAAAGCUUGCUGAAGAGGUUCUAAAAAUUCUUGCUGAAGGCGAUGAUCGUGAAGUAGAAACAAAGCUGCUGGUGCAUCUCCAAUUUGAUAAGUUCAGUCUCAUCAAAUAUCUUUUGCGCAAUCGGCUAAAGGUAGUAUGGUGUACCCGUCUUGCAAGGGCUGAAGAUCAAGAGAAUAGGAAGAAAAUUGAAGAAGAGAUGUUGGGGUUGGGGCCAGAUCAUGUGGCGAUAUUAGAGCAGUUGCAUGCUACUAGGGCUACUGCAAAAGAGAGGCAGAAGAAUUUGGAAAAAAGCAUUAGGGAAGAGGCUCGGCGUCUUAAAGAUGAGUCUGGUGUUGAUGGUGACGGAGAAAGGAAGGCACUUGUAGAUAGAGAUCUUGAUAAUGGUUGGUUAACGGGGCAGCGCCAGUUUCUUGAUCUUGACAGUCUUGCAUUUCAGCAAGGCGGUUUGUUGAUGGCAAAUAAGAAAUGUGAGCUUCCAGUGGGGUCUUACAGGAAUCAUAAGAAGGGGUAUGAGGAAGUUCACGUGCCAGCAUUGAAGCCAAAGCCACUCGCCCCUGGCGAAGAGCUUGUGAAGAUAUCCUCCAUUCCAGAGUGGGCUCAACCAGCGUUCAGUGGGAUGACUCAAUUGAACAGGGUUCAGAGUAAAGUAUAUGAGACUGCCCUCUUUUCCCCAGAGAACAUUUUGCUCUGUGCUCCAACUGGUGCUGGGAAGACCAAUGUGGCUAUGCUUACUAUACUUCAGCAAAUUGCACUAAACCGUAACGAAGAUGGAUCAUUCAACCACAACAACUAUAAGAUUGUAUAUGUGGCACCCAUGAAAGCCCUUGUUGCUGAAGUGGUUGGUAAUCUCUCCAGGCGUUUGGAACAUUAUGGUGUCACGGUGAAAGAGUUGAGUGGUGAUCAAACAUUAACUCGUCAACAGAUUGAAGAGACUCAAAUUAUUGUGACUACCCCAGAGAAGUGGGAUAUUAUAACCAGAAAGUCAGGUGAUCGCACAUAUACACAGCUUGUUAAACUUCUUAUUAUUGAUGAGAUACAUCUCCUGCAUGACAACCGAGGCCCUGUUUUGGAGAGUAUCAUUGCAAGAACUAUCAGACAGAUUGAAACCACAAAAGAGCAUAUUCGGCUUGUUGGAUUGUCAGCAACUCUUCCAAAUUAUGAGGAUGUGGCUGUGUUUUUGCGAGUUGAUCUGAAGAAAGGACUCUUCCAUUUUGACAAUAGCUAUAGACCUGUACCGUUGGCUCAACAGUAUAUUGGAAUUACUGUUAAGAAGCCACUGCAGAGAUUCCAGUUGAUGAAUGACGUUUGCUAUGAGAAAGUGAUUGGUGUUGCAGGAAAGCAUCAGGUGCUUAUUUUUGUCCAUUCAAGGAAGGAAACAACUAAAACAGCUCGUGCAAUACGGGAUACUGCACUUGCUAAUGACACACUUGGUAAGUUUUUCCAGGAGGAUAGUAUAACUCAGGAACUUCUUCAGUCUCAAACAGAACUCGUCAAGAGCAAUGAUCUCAAAGAUCUUUUACCAUAUGGUUUUGCUAUUCAUCAUGCUGGGAUGGUUAGAACCGAUCGGCAACUUGUGGAGGAUCUUUUUGCUGAUGGCCAUGUCCAAGUGUUGGUUUCAACUGCAACUUUAGCAUGGGGUGUCAAUUUACCUGCACAUACUGUCAUUAUAAAAGGUACCCAGAUUUAUAAUCCUGAAAAAGGAGCAUGGACUGAACUAAGUCCUCUUAAUAUUAUGCAAAUGCUUGGUCGUGCUGGAAGGCCUCAAUAUGACACUUAUGGUGAAGGAAUUAUCUUGACUGGCCAUAGUGAAUUACAGUACUAUCUAUCGCUCAUGAAUCAGCAGCUCCCGAUCGAAAGUCAGUUCAUUUCGAAGUUGGCAGAUCAACUAAAUGCAGAGAUUGUCCUUGGGACAGUCCUGAAUGCAAAAGAGGCAUGCAAGUGGCUCCUAUACACUUACCUCUAUGUUCGCAUGGUACGGAAUCCCACACUUUAUGGUCUAGCUGCUGAUGCUCUUAAAACUGAUUAUGCUUUGGAGGAAAGGCGUGCUGACUUGGUUCAUUCUGCUGCUAUAUUGCUGGACAAGAAUAACUUGGUCAAGUAUGACAGGAAAAGUGGAUAUUUCCAGGUGACUGACUUGGGUCGCAUCGCUAGUUAUUAUUAUAUAACUCAUGGGACAAUUUCCACGUACAAUGAGCAUUUGAAGCCUACGAUGGGUGAUAUUGAACUUUGUAGGCUUUUCUCUCUUAGUGAGGAAUUCAAAUAUGUAACAGUCAGACAAGAUGAGAAAAUGGAAGAGGAUGUGGAUCGUGUCAAACACCCUAGUGCCAAGAUCAAUGUUCUAUUGCAGGCAUAUAUUUCACGAAAUGAAAUCUUGAUGAGACUGGAGAUAAAGGAUUUGUUGGGCACGUCUGAUAUUUUUGAGUUUCCUGAGAGGAGGUUAAGAACCUUAAAAUGGUGCAAAAUGAUAAGCAAGAGGAUGUGGAGUGUCAUUCAUCAAUUCCAUGGCAUUCCCAAUGAGAUCUUGAUGACCUUGGAGAAGAAAGACAUGAUCUUUCAACCAAUUACCCGGUUCCCAAAGAUGGGGAGGCUUACGGUCCGGUUCCCAAAGCUUAACCUAGCACAUGUUCGAAUUACUCCAGAUUUCCAGUGGGAGGACAGGGUCCAUGGUUAUGUAGAACCUUUUUGGAUUAUUGUGGAAGAUAACGAUCGGGAGCGUAUUCUUCAUCAUGAAUAUUUCAUACUGAAGAAGCAAUAUAUUGAUGAGGACCAUACUUUGAACUUCCCUGUCCCAAUUUAUGAACCAUUGCCUCCUCAAUACUUCAUCCGGGUUGUGUCUGACAGAUGGCUAGGGUCCCAGACUGUUUUACCAGUUUCUUUCCGGCACCUGAUUUUACCAGAGAAGUAUCCUCCUCCCACCGAGUUACUAGACUUGCAACCUCUGCCAGUUACUGCAUUGAGGAAUCCAGCUUAUGAAGCGCUUUAUCAAGAUUUUAAGCAUUUCAAUCCAGUUCAGACUCAGGUUUUUACAGUCUUGUACAACUCAGAUGACAACGUCUUGGUUGCAGCUCCAACUGGUAGUGGGAAAACCCUUUGUGCUGAAUUUUCCAUAUUGAGGAAUCAUCAGAAAGGACCUGAUAGUAUCUUACGUGCAGUGUAUAUAGCUCCCAUUGAGGCUCUUGCUAAGGAGCGGUACUGUGAUUGGAAGAGGAAAUUUGAAGACUCUCUUGGAAUGAGAGUGGUUGAAUUAACUGGGGAAAUGGCAACUGAUAUGAAACUGUUAGAGGAGGGUCAAUUAAUUAUCAGCACGCCUGAGAAAUGGGAUGCUUUAUCUCGCCGCAGGAAACAGCAAAAGCAUGUUCAGCAAGUAAGUCUUUUCAUUGUUGACGAACUGCACCUGAUUGGUGGCCAAGGCGGUCCAGUGCUAGAGGUGAUUGUCUCUCGGAUGCGAUAUAUCUCAAGCCAGGUUGAGAACAAGAUUCGUAUUGUUGCUUUGUCAACUUCCCUGGCUAAUGCCAAGGAUUUGGGUGAAUGGAUUGGGGCUACUACGUCUGGACUUUUCAACUUUCCUGCUUGUGUCAGGCCUGUGCCAUUGGAAAUACACAUUCAAGGUGUUGAUAUUGCUAACUUUGAAGCUAGGAUGCAAGCCAUGACAAAACCAGCGUACACUGCAAUAGUACAGCAUGCAAUGAAAGAAAAACCAGCAAUAGUGUAUGUUCCCACAAGGAAGCAUGCACGCCUGACUGCUGUGGAUCUGAUGACUUACUCAAGCACGGACAGCAAAGACAUUCCUGUGUUUUUACUGAAAUCUGGAAAAGAGCUGGAGCCUUUUGUGGAGAGGAUCAACGAGCCUGUGCUAAAAGAGACACUCAAGUAUGGUGUAGGCUACUUGCAUGAAGGCUUGUCUGGCACAGAUCAGGAUAUAGUGAAGACAUUGUUUGAAACUGGAAGCAUUCAAGUAUGCGUAAUGAGCAGUAAAAUGUGUUGGCGAGUGCCCCUGUCUGCCCAUCUGGUGGUGGUUAUGGGAACUCAGUUCCAUGAUGGUAGGGAAAAUGUGCAGAGGGAUUAUCCAGUGAGUGAUUUAUUGCAGAUGAUGGGUCAUGCCAGUCGACCUCUUGUAGAUAGCUCCGGGAAGUGUGUUAUCCUAUGGCAUGCACCACGCAAGGACUACUACAAGAAGUUUUUGUAUGAAGCAUUCCCAGUUGAGAGUCAUUUUCAGCACUAUCUCCAUGACAAUUUCAACGCUGAAGUGGUUGUUGGAGUUAUUCAGAACAAGCAGGAUGCUGUUGAUUACCUUACAUGGACAUUUAUGUACAGAAGGCUCACUCAGAAUCCAAACUACUAUAAUCUGCAGGGUGUUAGUCCCAGGCAUAUUUCGGAUCACCUUUCAGAGCUGGUUGAGAAUACUAUCAGUGACUUGGAGCCAAGCAAAUGCGUUACUGUGGUAGAUGACAUUUUGCUUUCGCCCCAGAAUCUUGGCAGGAUUGCAUCAUAUUAUUACAUCAGUUACACAACCAUCGAACGUUUUAGCUCUUCUUUGACCUCCGAAACAAAGUUGAAGGGCUUGCUUGAAAUCUUGGCUUCAGCAUCGGAGUAUGAACAGCUGCCAAUAAGGCCCGGUGAAGAGGGGUUGAUAAGAAGGUUAAUUAAUCAUCAGCGCUUCUCUUUUGGAAAUCCGAAAUGCACAGACCCUCAUGUCAAGGCUAAUGCUCUGUUACAAGCCUACUUCUAUAGGCAAGUGGUCGGUGGAAAUCUUGCUGCUGACCAGCAAGAGGUACUUCUUUCUACUAGUAGGCUUCUUCAAGCAAUGGUUGAUGUAAUAUCAAGUAAUGGAUGGCUGAAUCUAGCACUUCUAGCAAUGGAAACGAGCCAGAUGAUCACUCAAGGAGUGUGGGAGCGUGAUUCUAGGCUUCUCCAACUCCCACACUUCACAAAGGAAUUGGCUAAGAAGUGCCAAGAGAAUCCAGGAAAGAGUAUAGAGACUGUGUUCGAUUUAGUGGAGAUGGAAGAAAACGAGAGGCGUGAGCUCUUGCAAAUGUCAGAAUCACAGCUUAUGGACAUUGAUUGUUUCUGUAACCGGUAUCCAGACAUUGAUUUGACAUAUGAUGUGCUGGAUGGUGGUAAGGUGAGCGCAGGAGAUGAUGUGACUUUACAGGUAACUCUUGAACGAAAUCUUGAGGGUAGAACUGAGGUUGGACCUGUGUUUGCGCCUAGAUAUCCUAAAGACAAGGAAGAAGGAUGGUGGCUUGUUGUUGGCGAUCCUAAAAGCAACCAAUUAUUAGCUAUUAAGAGGGUUACUCUACAGAGAAAGUCAAGGAUCAAGCUUAAUUUCACCGCCCCUGCUGAAGCUGGAACUAGGGAGUACACUCUCUAUUUCAUGUGUGAUUCUUAUCUAGGUUGUGAUGAGGAACAUACUUUUGCACUUGAUGUGAAAGAGGCAAUGGCUGAAGACAACAGUUGAAGAGCGUGAGUUAGCUUUUACUUUUCGGUAAUUUGCCCAGCUGCUUGAUGUACUGCUUAUAGACAAUCUACUGAGACUAAGUGCUGUUUUAUCCUAUUUUAAAUUGUUUCAUUAACUAGUUUUUUCA